CAAGCAGUUUAUGCUGGUGGGCGCCACCAUGCCGAACGCUGGCACGAAGAACGUCCACCUGCACGUCGAGCGGAGCUGGCCGGCGGCGGCGUGGGUGCGCACCGGCCGCGAGCACCACUCGAUCGGCCCUCGGCUGCGUCAGUUCUUCGUGCGGGUGGGCGAGGAGAGCCGCGCCGCCGCGCUCCGCGCCGCAGUGCAGCAGGGGCCGCAGGGCCGCACUCUGGUGUUCGCAAACACGCUCGCCACGGCGGAGGCGGCCGAGGCGGAGCUGCAGGGCGUCCGCACUUGCGCCGCCUUCCACAACGGCGUGGGUCCGGAGGAGCGGCGGGAGCACCUCGCAGCCUUCCAGCAGGGGGAGCUGCCCGUCCUCGUCUGCACCGGCCUCGCCUCGCGCGGGAUCGACUUCACCGACGUUGCCCACGUGGUGCAGUACGAGAUGGCGGCCAACGCGGUCGAGUACAUCCACCGCGUGGGCCGCACCGCGCGCGCCGGCCGCUCCGGCGUCGCCACCGCCCUCUACACCGACCUCAGCGCCCCGCUCGUCGACGCGCUGCGCUCCGCGUCCGAGCGGGGCGACCCGAUCGACGCCCUCUUCUCGCGCCGGCGGCUCUUUCGGAAAAAGUUCAACAAGGCGAGGGAGUAUGAGCUCGGCCAGCGUGCAAGUCAGGCGGGCAGGCAGUCCUAGGGGCUUUGUCACGAGUUCAGAGCUGGGGUGAGAG